AGGUUUUUUCAUAAAGUUCAUUCAUUCAUUGCUCAUACAGUCAAGUGAAUCAGAUGAUUUUGGUUUCCAAUUGAAUAUAGUUGAAUUAAAAGUGAAAUUUGGAUUAAAAAAACCUUAAGGAAUUAAAACAAAGUAGCAAAGAACAAUUCAGUUAAAUAAACCUUGAAAAAAAAAGAAAAUAUGAGCGCGACCCAGCAAUUACAGCCACACGGAAAAAAUAUUCCACGCAGGCAAGCCAUUCCGAUUCUUUACACCAAAGGGACUCACUACGACGUUGGAUUCGAUGUGGGCCGAACGUUUGCUGCAUUGAUAAAAAGUUUCUUGGAAAUUUGCGGUCCACUGAACAACGAAUAUUUACCUUUAUACAAAACAGUGAAAGGAAAGGCAGUGUACGAUGAAACACUUAACAGUGUUAAAGAAUCAUUUCCACAGUACAUACGUGAACUUGAGGGAGUUGCUCAUGGUGCUGGAGUUGAAUUUCAUAAGUUGUUUUUACUUCACAUGGACGACAUAACACCAAAUGCUACAAAUCGCUUGAAUAGUAUUAAUCAGCAGCCCAUUGGAUGUUCAACAAUUUGUGUAAAUCAACCAGAUUAUGAAAUUCUUGCUCAUACCGAAGAUGCCCUUCAAGAGACUCUUAAUCAUUAUUACCUUGUAUCGGCGCAUAUUAUCGAGCCGAGCCCACAAGGAAAGCAUAAGGUGUCAGAAGAAAGAUUCACUUCACUUUGCUAUCCAGGUCAUUUACCUGGCUACACGAUGGGCUAUAACCACCAUGGUCUUGCCUAUUCAAUUAAUACAUUGAGUGCAAAAACAUUAUACAGUGGAAAAACACCGCGGCAUUUUAUCACACGAGCACUGUUAAGUGCACCAAAUUUUGAGCAAGCGCAAAAGAUUUUACGCGAUACCGGCGUUGGUGCAGCGGAUGGUUGCUCUAUUAAUCUAACAUUUUUGAAGCAAGAAGGAGAUCGUUUAUUCCAUAAUAUUGAAAUGGGUCCAGCUGCACCGGGUGAAAAUCAAUCACAAUUGAAUAUUUUUACUGCCAGCCGCGGUGAAAGCAUCGUACAUGCCAAUAAAUACUUAAGGCUUCCCAUAGAAGAAGUCGAUGGAAUGAUUAUUGAUUCAAGCACUGCACGCCAUGAAGUGUUUGAUCGAUUAGGUAAACCAAAGACCAAAGGGGAUGCAAUAAAUAUGCUUGGCGACCAAAGCGGAAAAAUACACACUGUAUUUCGUGAAAAUGGCGGCGAUGAAUAUGUUAAGACCAUCUCAGUUGGUAUCUUUGAUUGCAAGAAACAAACAUGGAGCCUUUACUCUGACAAUCCAAAAAAUAACGAACCGCUUGUUGUAUUGCCCUUAGUGUUGAAAUCAUAAGAACGAAAAACGCAGGUGCAUCGUUUAAUAUAUUUCACACAUAUCAAGAGCUUAUUUUUCUUUUAACCAUAUAUUUAAGAAACUUAUCUCCGUUACUGCAAUGAUUAUAAAUUUUAACCAUUAAUAAAUACUAUACUAUGGAAUUGAAUGAAAA